AUGGCACUUUGGGGAUAUAAUUUUAAUAGGGAGGUAAAAUGGCAAAAAAAUAGGAAAGGGUUUGGAUUUUUUUACUUAUCCGCCAUGUUUAUAUUUCCUUCCCUGAUUUACUAUCUAUUCGGAAAUCCUGCAGUUAGUAAUUUCUAUUUGAAAAAUAAACGGGCAACAAUAAAACAGAAUGAGAAUUAUUUAUUGCUCAUAUAUACUAAUUCUAAUAGACCUACUUCGGUUAUCAUCUUUCUAAUAUCCUUUUUGACUAUUGGACCAGGUUCAAUUUAG